AUGUGUACGAUAAUUCGUCGACGAAAAUCUGAUCCGGAACAAUUUCGUCAUCUAGUACAACCAAAAAUUUCAGCAUUAAUUAUGAUUGCAAUUUUAUUUUCAAUAAAAUCAAUCUACAAUUGUUAUUGGAGUAAUAAGAAGGAUAAAAUUUGGGUGAAAAUUAAUGCCGAUGUAAUUACCGAUGCAAAUCUACAUUCAAAUGCUAAUUGGUUUAUGAUAUCUUCGCUUAUAGCUAUUGAUUUAGUAACAUUUUUAUUAUAUUUUAAAAAUCCAACAGUUAAUCACUUAAAAUCAAUUAUUAUUGAUCGACGUGAUAAAUCUUUUUUCUAUUUACUAACUGAACUUCAUACAAUAAAAUUUAUCAUUGAAUAUCAUGAUGAAAUUUUCGGAAAUAACUACUUUGUCGGCUUUUUACGAUUGAUUCUGUUACUUAUCAAUUGGAAAUUGGUUGAAGUUACUAUUAUUAGUUCUUCAUUAUUAUGUAUCAUUGCGCUUUUGAUUUUUCAAUUAUUUUUCAUAAUUUGUCAUUUACAUUUUUGGCAAACUGAACAAAUAUUAUUGAAAUCACAAAAUUUUAGUAAUGGGAAUAUACGACGACUAAAAUCACUAGUUAUCAUUCGAAAUCUUAUACGAUUUCAACAUAAUCAUACAAAAAAUUUAAUGCUUAUUAAUGAUGCAAAUAAAGUCUAUGGCCGUAUGUUCUUUAUAACUAUGAUUACACAGAUUAGUUUCAAUUGUUAUCUGGUUAUAUUUAUUAUUUUAAGACAUACAACAGUCUUAUAUACUAUAGUGAUUAUCAUGGCAAUUAUUUCUCAACUAUUUUACAUAUUUGGUGUACAUUAUCAGUUUGUCAUUAUAAAUCGUCGAUUUCAUAAAUCUUCACCUAUUCUAAUGAGUCGUAUGGCAACUACUAAAUUUUUUGACAAAUAUUUACCAACAAAAUUAAAACUAUCUAAUUAUGCUCAAUCAAUGUAUACGAAUAAUUGUUAUGGAAUUACUUAUUGGCGUUGUGAAAUAAUUAAUAUGCAAGAAUUCGUUAAGUAUCUUAUACUUUAUUCACAGUUGAUUAUGUUUAUCAAAAUUCGUGGAGUUAUCGAAUCGGAAAAAUGA